CACACUCUCAAGUUCCCUGGGAGGGAGAGGAGGUGGGGCUGCAGGCAGCAGAGAGAUCGCGGGUCGGGGGGGUGCAGUUCCAUCCGUCCAGUCCCCAUCGCCCCCUUUCCCUCGGGCUCCCCGCGUCCCGGCUCGGAGAGAGUUGAGGGCUCGGGUGACGGUGCGCGGCACCGAGGGCGAGUGAGCCGGGAGCGCGGGGAGCGGUGCCCGGGGUGUGGGGAAAGAUGCCCAUCCUGCUGUUCCUCAUAGACACGUCCGCCUCUAUGAACCAGCGCACCGACCUGGGCACCUCCUAUCUGGACAUUGCCAAAGGCGCCGUGGAGCUCUUCUUGAAGCUGCGCGCCCGGGACCCGGCCAGCCGCGGAGACAGGUACAUGCUGGUCACCUACGACGAGCCCCCGUACUGUAUCAAGGCUGGUUGGAAGGAAAAUCAUGCAACAUUCAUGAGUGAACUAAAAAAUCUUCAGGCUUCUGGACUGACUACUCUUGGUCAGGCUUUAAGAUCCUCAUUUGAUUUAUUAAAUCUCAAUAGAUUAAUAUCUGGAAUAGACAAUUAUGGACAGGGAAGAAAUCCAUUCUUUUUAGAACCAUCUAUUUUAAUUACUAUCACAGAUGGAAAUAAGUUAACAAGUACUGCUGGUGUUCAAGAAGAGCUUCAUCUGCCUUUGAAUUCUCCUCUACCUGGGAGUGAACUAACCAAAGAACCUUUUCGUUGGGAUCAAAGGUUGUUUGCCCUGGUGUUGCGUUUGCCUGGAUUGGCUCCUACUGAACCAGAGCAACUGGGGAGUGUACCAACUGAUGAAUCUGCCAUCACACAGAUGUGUGAAGUUACAGGAGGUCGCUCCUACUGUGUUAGAACACAAAGAAUGUUGAAUCAGUGUUUAGAAUCUCUAGUUCAAAAAGUUCAAAGUGGUGUAGUUAUUAACUUCGAAAAAACAGGACCUGAUCCACUUCCUACUGGAGAAGAUGGACUUGUGGAUUCAUCUAGGCCAAGCAAUUCAUUUGCUGUUCAACCAUGGCAUAGUUGUCACAAGCUCAUUUAUGUACGACCUAACUCUAAAACUGGUGUUCCUGUUGGACAUUGGCCAAUUCCAGAAUCUUUCUGGCCAGACCAGAAUUUGCCUUCACUACCUCCACGAACAUCUCAUCCUAUUGUGAGAUUCUCCUGUGUAGACUGUGAGCCAAUGGUAAUUGACAAACUUCCCUUUGAUAAAUAUGAACUUGAACCUUCACCCUUAACUCAGUACAUCCUGGAACGAAAGUCUCCCCAUACCUGCUGGCAGGUAUUUGUUACUAGCAGUGGAAAAUACAAUGAACUUGGAUAUCCAUUUGGUUAUUUGAAAGCCAGUACAACAUUAACUUGUGUAAACCUCUUUGUGAUGCCAUACAACUAUCCAGUUUUACUCCCUCUUUUAGAUGACUUGUUUAAAGUUCACAAGCUUAAACCAAAUCUGAAGUGGCGACAGACUUUUGACAGCUACUUAAAAACUCUGCCUCCGUACUACUUAUUACCAUUAAAGAAAGCACUAAGGAUGAUGGGAGCUCCAAAUCUGAUAUCAGAUAAUUUAGAUUGUGGACUUAGUUACAGUGUUAUCUCUUACCUUAAAAAACUCAGCCAACAGACCAAACUAGAGUCAGAACGAAUACUGGCAUCAGUGGGGAAGAAACCUCCCCAGGAAAUUGGAAUCAAAGUGAAAAAUCAUUCUGGAGGUGGCCUGUCUUUGACUCAUAGUAAAAAUUUUAGAAAACUGUUGAAAGAAAUCAUAGGAGAAACUGCACCAAGACUGACAGAAUUGAAUACCAAAGAAUUUUCUGGCUUCCAAGUAGGGCUAUUAAACAAGGAUUUGAAACCUCAGACAUAUAGAAAUGCUUAUGAUAUUCCACGUAGAGAUCUCUUAGACCAGCUAACUAGAAUGAGAUCAAAUCUGCUGAAAACACACAAAUUCAUUGUCGGACAAGAUGAAGAUUCCCUUCAUAGCGUUCCAGUUGCACAAAUGGGUAACUAUCAGGAAUAUCUAAAGACAAUGUCUUCUCCAUUUCGAGAGAUUGAUCCAGAUCAACCAAAAAGACUACAUACUUUUGGCAAUCCAUUUAAACAAGAUAAGAAGGGAAUGAUGAUCGAUGAAGCAGAUGAUUUUGUAGCAGGGCCACAAAACAAAGUGAAACGACCUGGAGAACCCAACAUUUCUCUGUCAACCAAGAGAAGGAGGAGUGUGUCCCUGCUGUUGAGGAAACCACAAACAUCAUCUACUAUAACUAACCAUGUGGGCGGAAAGGAACUCUCAACCUCCUGGUUCCCAUCUUAUCCAAACCUCAUCAAACCCACACCUGGACAUACAGACACCACUGUUAUUCACGAUGUCCAUGAGAAGAUGGAAAAUGGACAAAUCUCACCUGAUGGCUUCUUGUUAAAAUCCGCUGCACCAGAUAUUAUAAAUAUGGCAGGAGAUGGCAUUCCAGUCAACCCACUGGAUUUUCUUUCUGAUGACUUUGUUAGUCUCAGGAAAGAUGGCCUGAUUCAUAAAUCUGGUAGUCACACACUUGGAGGAGAAACCAAAAACUGCAGUGCCUCGAUAGAUGAUCGUAAAGUCUCUGUAGUAAAUUCUUUGAGAACUGUGCCAAAUACAUUGCAAAUAACCCCUGCCAUGGCACAAGGAAUCAACGCUGAUAUAAAAAACCAGCUAAUGAAGGAAGUUAGAAGAUUUGGACGAAAAUAUGAAAGAAUUUUCACUUUGCUUGAGCAAGUACAAGGAUCUCUAGCAGUCAAGAAACAGUUUGUUGAAUUUACCAUCAAGGAAGCUGCAAGGUUUAAAAGAAGAGUUCUAAUUCAGUACCUUGAGAAGGUACUGGAAAAGAUAGAAUCUUACCACCUUCUCAACAAUGUUUAUCAUACUAGCAGAAGAUCAUCGUGUUAAUGCGAAGACCAAGGAGGGAAAAAAUAUCAUGUUUCCUGUGCUGUAGGAAGAGAUGGAAUAUUGUUGAAGUUUCCUGGAAUGCUUUAGUCAAGGCACUUCCCAUCCUUCCAGAAGAUAACAAAAAGCAGUGGAAUUUUUAAAAUUUCAUUUUGUGACUGUCUAACAGGAAACGUUGGUCUUUUGCCCUGGAAAUUUUAUUUGGGAGUCUUAACUUGUUGUUUCUUUUCCCAGUUAAGGAAGGAGUUAUUAAUUUAGCAGGGUAAACUCAGUAGACAAUGCUGAACCCUUACUACACAUAAUAAGGAUUCACUCAUUUGAGCUUCUCAGAUCCAGGCAUUUCUAGAGUGAUUUGGGGCCACCUGCAGUUAUAGCACUCACUAUCUGGUGCUUCUUCUGUUUCUGCAGAAAUCAUAGGUGUUCAGGAUCCAACUGGUAAUUUUGUGAUUAAGAUCAAGGUUUCCACAGUUCCUAGUUGUGCCUUUUAAAUCAUGCAAUAUUCAGGACAGUUUGAAUCAAACUGUUGGAAAGCUGCUAUUCCAAUAACUUAUUGCUCUUUGGGAGGGGGGUGGGGAGAGUCACCAAACAGUCUACCUCCAACUCUCUUCUAUUUUGUCUACAUUACAAGUGCACCUGAGACUGCCCUGAAUACUGACUUGUUCUCGCCUGUGACUACAGAAAGUCUUCGGGUAGACUUGAAACAUUCUGUGCUUUGGAAGCACUAAAAGAAAAAAUAAUGUAUAUGUUUCCUUUAAUGUUUAUACAGAAGUUUAUAUGGAGCAAUAUCAUUAUCUUUGUAUUAAUUUUCAAAAAUGUAAAGAGAUUUUGACUUUGAUUAUCUAAAUAAAUCAAUUUUUUGAUUUUCACAAGUU